UUUACGGCACUCGCCCCGCCCCUUUGCUCUUCGGGGCGUGAGAAGCCGGCAAACAUGGCGGCCCCCUGCUUCCUCACUCUGCGGGUGGCUACCCUGGCCGCCUUGGCGCUCUUGUCUCUCGGCAGCUCUGCCGCUGGACACAUCGAGGAUCAAGCCGAACAGUUCUUUAGAAGUGGACACACAAAUAACUGGGCUGUUUUGGUGUGCACAUCCCGAUUCUGGUUUAACUACCGACAUGUUGCAAAUACUCUUUCUGUUUAUAGAAGCGUCAAGAGGCUAGGUAUCCCGGACAGUCACAUUGUCCUGAUGCUUGCUGAUGACAUGGCGUGCAAUGCUCGGAACCCCAAGCCAGCCACAGUGUUCAGCCACAAGAACAUGGAGCUCAAUGUGUAUGGAGACGAUGUGGAAGUGGACUACAGAAGCUAUGAGGUAACUGUGGAGAACUUUUUAAGGGUAUUGACCGGGAGGGUUCCACCCAGUACCCCUCGCUCAAAGCGUCUUCUUUCCGACGACAGAAGCAAUAUCCUCAUUUAUAUGACAGGUCAUGGAGGGAAUGGUUUCUUGAAAUUCCAAGAUUCUGAAGAAAUCACCAACAUAGAACUUGCAGAUGCGUUUGAACAGAUGUGGCAGAAGAGACGCUACAAUGAGCUGCUGUUCAUUAUUGACACUUGCCAGGGCGCGUCCAUGUACGAGCGGUUCUACUCUCCUAACAUCAUGGCCUUGGCUAGUAGCCAGGUGGGAGAGGAUUCGCUGUCGCACCAGCCUGACCCUGCGAUUGGAGUUCAUCUUAUGGAUAGGUACACGUUUUAUGUCUUGGAAUUUUUGGAAGAAAUUAAUCCAGCUAGCCAAACUAACAUGAACGACCUUUUUCAAGUGUGUCCCAAAAGUCUCUGUGUGUCGACCCCUGGACAUCGCACUGACCUUUUCCAGCGAGAUCCAAAAAAUGUCCUGAUCACCGAUUUCUUCGGAAGUGUGCGCAAGGUGGAAAUCACAACAGAGAAGAUCAGUUUGCAGUGGGAUUCACAAGUCGUGGACAGCAGUUCUAAAGAAGACGGCACGGCCGAGGAGCGCAUGGGACCUCUCAAGUAUGCUGAGCAGCUCCCGGUGGCUCAGAUAAUACACCAGGAUGUAAUCUCAGCUACCGCUUAAGCACCACAUCUGCCUGUGUGCUGCCAGGCUCCCUGCCAUGAUCAUCACGGACUAAACCUCUGAAACUGUGAGUAAAACUGAAGUUAAAUGCUUUCUGUUGUGAGAGGCCUUGGUCAUGGUGUUUCAUCACAGCAAUAGAACAGUGACUAAGACACUCCUCAAGGGCCUUUGCUCGUACCCCUUCACCCCACCUGUCAGUUUUCCUGUUUAUUGUCUACCCUAAGAACAGGGAUUCACUUCAUUUCUGAGACUAUGUCUAGUGUGGAGUCAAUAAAUAAUAUUUGAAUUUCUGUCCUUGGAAGGAGAGAUCAGCUGAAUGCCAUGCCACCAUAGACGUUUUCUCCUCCAGCAAUCCUAAGUCUGAUUUUAUCAGGUAAAAAAGAAGACAGACAGCAAGCAGCCACUGUUUUAUUCCAAUGGUUGUAGAUGGAUUUGUCUAGAGUCUAGUGUAUCUUGGUCCAGAGACUCUCAGCUCUCCCUUCCCUUCAUGGGAGACUGAUGCCCUAGCAUGUUUUUCUAUAUCUCCCAUUUCCACCUCCAAUAAAAACACUCAAUUGAUUUCUUCAAGGUGGUAGACCCAGCUCUAAUACGUGGGUUUGGGGGAAUCCCUAAAUGUGCUCUAGCAUCAGAUUAAUCUCCAUUUUAGAAUAGCGCUCCCUCUUCUGGACUUGAACAGUAGGACAAUAAGUUUCAUCAAGGUGUUGAGCAGACGGCCGAGGCAUAUCCAAGUCUGCUGCCACAUAUAUCCCCAGACUAUGAAUGCAGCCUAACGUAAGUGCAGAUCACUGUGGUGGUCUGAAUAGGAAUUCCCAUGCUCACAAAGACUCAUUGGCCCAUAGAGAGUGGCACUAUUAGUAGGUGUGGCCUUGUUGGAGGAUGUAUGUCACUGUGGGUGGAGGCUUUGAGGUUCUAUAUGCUCAACCUAAGCUCAGUGUGAUACACAGUCUCCAUCUGCUACCUUAGGAUCUUGAUGUAUAGCAAUUAGCCCCUUCUCCAGCUCCACGUCUCCCUGCAGGCUGUCACGCUUCCCGCCAUGAUGAUAACAGACCAAACUUUGGAAACUGUAAGCUAACCCCAAUUAAAUGUUUUCCUUUAUAAGAGUUGCUUUGGUCAUGGUGCUUCUUCACAGUAAUGAAAGCCUAACUAAAGACAACCAUGAUGUCAUGUCCCAAGGUCAAAAGGUUCGACACUCCUGCUAGAGACUCCAAAAGGCCCAGGAUGCUGAAUAUCUUGCAGUAGUCUUUCAAAGCCUGAUGCCUGAGGGCCCUUCUCUAAGAACAGAAGCUCCUGUCCCCAAGAUGCUCCACCUCCCAGCAACUCUCCUUUUCUUUUUCUUUGGAGAAGAUCAAUACUCAAAUGAGUUUAAGAGUAGCAGCUUUCCUAGGUCAGAGAUCAAAGUCUUUUAUCAGGAGAGGUGUCAAGUCUGUAGCUCCAACAACAAUAAACCUCUGGGCAGCUUCUCCUCUUAGGUUAAACUUGUCCCAGGAAGAGAGGUCACAUCAGCCCAGAUGCUGUGCUGAGUUUACACUUUGUGUGUCUAAUAAUCCUGUCUCAGAUCAGGGGCUGCUCACCUGCUCUGUCAGUCACUGCAAGAUUUCUAUCCACCCUAGACCUGGAGUAAUGCCAAGGUUUAGUAGGAAGCAUUUCCAGUACAGAAAAUUCAUGUUGGAGAAAACUCAGGCUGUAAUUGGCCACUCCUUACAAACAACAACCAGGGAGGGGCAGAACGGCUGUCUUGGUGAGUCCUGCAUGUAAUCUUAGCACUUAAGAGGCUGAAGCAGGAGAAUCAUUGUGAGUUCCAAGCUAGCUUGGGUUAUAGAGUGGGACCUUGUCUAAAGCAAACAAAUAUCAAAACAUAAAACAACAGCAAUAAAUAAGUAAAUUAAAACUCAAACAAGAAAACAAACUCCAAGGAGUAGGUUUAUGUGAAAUCCAUCUCUGCAGGUUCCUAGAGCAAGAUUUGGAAAAGGAAGGCUGCCAAAUUCAUUCUGCCAUGCUAUUACAGGGGCUAACCUUCUCUUUCACAUCAAUUCAGGUUUUAAAUGUGAUUCACCUAGGUUUUAGGCAUCUUAUUGACAUCAAUCUACUAAGGAAACAAUUAGGUUUCUAAAAAUAUCGUGUGAUUGAUGUAGUUCCUAGGAAUAGAAGGUAAUUGGAAGUCGUCUAAAGGAUGCGCAGGAUCAAUUUCCUUAUCCAAGAGGACCAUCUCUUUGAAUGAAAGCUUAUUGGGCUCCAUAUUGAUCACCUAGAGGGAGAUUAGAUUUAUGUGUUUGGGUAUCAUGGUUACACAGAUGUCCAAGUGGGCCAUUCUUGGAAGUAAAAAUUGUUUUUGUCUUUUAACACUUUGUGGUGGUUUGAAUAUGCUUGGCUCAUGGGAAGUGGCACUAUUAGGAAGUGUGGCCUUGCUGGAAUAGGUGUGGCCUUGUUGGAGGAAGUAUGCCACUGUAUAAGCCAGCUUAGAAGGCUUAUAGUGCUCAAGCUCCACCCAGUGUGAAAGACACCCUUUUCCUGGUUGCCUUUGGAUGGAGAUGCAGAACUCUUGGUUCCUCCAGCACCAUGCCUCGCUGCCAUGAUGAUAAUGGACUGAACCUCUGAAAGUGUAAGCCAUCCCCAAUUAAAUGCUUUUCCUUUAUAAAUCUUGGUUAUGAUGUGUCUUUAUAGCAAUGGAAACCCUAAAUAAGACAGAACUUGGCACCAGGGGCCUGGGGUAUUUCUGUGAUAGGCCUGACCAUGCUUUCAUUUGGAGGAAUGUUGAUUUGGAAAUUUGGAAAGCAGUGGCAUGCUUUAAGUGUGAGUUAAUGGGUCAUCCUAGUAGAAGCAUGGAAGACUGUGGUGCUGAGGGAGAUUUGAACUGUGGGGACCUGGCUCUAGAGGUUUCAGAAGAAGAGAAUUUUAGUAUGUGUCCUAGGAGAAAUUUUGAGACUGUUCUUGGGAUAUUUUGGUGAAGAAUGUGGCUGCUUUUUGCCCUUGUCUGAAGAGUCUAACUGAGGCUAAGGUGAAGAGAUUCAGAUUAAAUACAUUGACAAAGGAAGUCUCAAGUCAACCAAGUUUAGACUCUGUCCCGUGGUUUACUCUUCUGAGGAACAUUUUGAUCAAGCAGUAAACUUAGGAAAAAAAAAAAAAACAAAAAUGUAUGGUUCAAGUAUUAAAGGGGCAACAGGAAGUGCAAUGGAGAUAAAUCCCAUGUUCAAGGAUAAUAAAUGGAAUGAAGGGAGUGGUGACCUCGGGGCAGGAUCCCAACAGCUAAGCUUACUGUUUGUGUGUUUACAGUUGAGCAAGGGGUAGUUAUGACAUGUUAGCGGUUAUCAUUACCUGGUUACUGUUUUCAUUUGGACUUUUGAUCUGAAACUACAAUCUGUUUGUGAUAGUCACUGUGAUGGACACUGUGUUAUUGUGGUCACUGUGAUGGUCACUGUGUGAUGGACACUGUGUGAUGGUCACUGUGUGAUGGACACUGUGUGAUGGUCAUUGUGAUGGUCACUGUGUGAUGAGCACUGUGUGAUGAACACUGUGAUGGUCAUUGUGAUGAACACUGUGUGAUGGACACAGAUGUAGAAACUACAUUCCAGAAAUAGAGGCACACCUGUGAUCUAGAUCUUAAGGCUGGAAGACACAUGCCUUUGAUCUGGAUCUUGAGGCAUAGUGACCAUGAAAAUUUUCAGCCCAGGCUUUGUGUUACAUGCCUUUAGUCCCAGGUGACAGAGCCAAGCAGAUCUCUGAGUUCAGGGCCAGCCUGGAACAGAGCAAGUUCCAAGUAUAGAAGAACUUAGGCACAGGCAUGGUGGUACAAGCCUUUAAUCCCAGUCCUCAGGAGACAGAGGCAGGCUGAUCUCCAAGUUCAAGGUCAGUUUACAAAGCAAGUUCUAGGACAAAGAAGUGUAGGUAGUGAAGGAUGUAAUAAAACAAGGGGGCCAUGUUAUAGCUCCAGCAAUUAGCAAAGCUCAGCAGCUUUGGCCAUGGGGCUCUGGCUUUAGAGUCCACAAUAAAAGGGACUACUGGGACAAUUGAUGCUGGCUACUUGGAACUAAGAAAUUAGCAGUUCUCAAGAAGAGACCAGCAUGGCUGGAGAGAUGGCUCAGUGGUUAAGAGCACUGACUGCUCUUCCAGAGGUCCUGAGUUCAAUUCUCAGCAACCACAUGGUGGCUCACAGCCAUCUGUAAUGGGAUAGGAUGCCCUCUUCUGGUAUGUCUGAAGACAGCUACAGUGUGUUCAUACAGAGAAAGAAAGGAAGAAAGAAAGAAAGAGAGAGAGGGGGGGGGAAGGAAGGAAGGAAGGAAGGAAGAAAGAAAGAAAGAAAGAAAGAAAGAAAGAAAGAAAGAAAGAAAGAAAGUAAGUAAGUAAAAUCUUCUGGGAAGUGUUUUCUAGAGUACAAGGAAGCCCUGUAUUCCAGAUGCAGAUUUUGUGCUGGCAGACUUGGUGAUACGUAAGAAUCAACCAGGUGGUACUGGUUUUGAAGUCAUGGAGAGAAGCUGAGGAGGCUUGGCUCUGUGAGGGGCCAGGAAAAGCCAUUGGUGGAAGAACUGAAGUUGCCAGAACUGAAGGGGCCAUGCAAAGAACUUGAGGCUUGGUUCCAUGAAGAAACUUAUGAGUGACUAUUGGUGAAGCUUAGUUUCAGUGGAAGACCCCAGUGUAUCGGAGAUACCAGUACCAAGAAUAGCAGCAGCAGUGGAGUGGAGUCAGCCAGAAUCUAGAGUGCUACAGAGGGCAGAGCUGGAAAAGUGUCGCCAGCUCUUUUAGGACCUAGAAGAUCAUGUGGAGAUCCCAGGCAUUGGAACAAGAAGCUGUGACAUUGAACUUGCCUUAGAGUCCUCAAGAUGUUAGAGAUGCCAGAGCCAUGGGAUAGCUGCCAAGGAAAGCUGCUAACAGGGAGAAGCAUUGGCCCAAGAGAAACACGUUUGUUGCAGUCAACAAAGAUGAAAGGAACUGGAGAUCUGAAGAGUUGUUUUGGGUUUUUGGUCUUCUUUGGUUCAGUAUCUCCUCACUAUGACGUUUUGGAAUGGUAGUAGAUAUCCUGUGAGGUUCGAACUGUGUGAUCCGCUCUUUGAUUUUGAUUUUAUAGGGGAUUACAGCUAAGAGAUUGCAUGAAUCUCAGAAGAGACUUUGAACUUUGGACUUUUCAACACGGUUGAGACUGUGAGUGACUGCGGGGACUUCUAAAGUUGGACUAAAUGUAUUUUGUAUUAUUCUGCGCACCCAGUAGACUCAUGUGUUCCAACAAGCCCAUGGAGUGAGGGGAUGGAAUAUGGUGGUUUGAAUAUGCUUGGCCCAUGGGAAGUGGCACGAUUAGAUGGCUGGGCCUUGUUGGAAGAAGUCACUGUGUAGGAGGGGUUUGAAGGCUCCUCAUGCUCAAGCGCCAGGCAGUGUGGAAGAGACAAAUCCUCCUGGCUGCCUGCAGAUCAAGAUGCAGAACUCUCGGCUCCCCCAGCACCACAUCUGCUUCCCUGCUGCCUUGCUUCCCGCCUUCACGGUGAUGCACUGAAACUCUGAAACUGUAAGCUAACUCCAAUUAAAUGUUUUUCUUUACAAGAGUUGCCUUUGCCUUGGUCAUGGUGUGUCUUCACAGCAAUGGAAGCCCUAACUAAGACACACUUUGUCCAGAGAAUUAAAGAGCCCUUGGCUGGGCUCAGGAUUACAUAGCUGAGGUAGGGUGUAAACUGCCUCCAGAAUGGACAUCUGCCUUCAGCUGCAAUUCACCUUUCCACACAGAAAGUCCUUCCUGGCUUUAUCCUUUUGUUACAAAUCCAUCCUGCCUUUCUAAAGGCUGUGCACUUUUCUUAUUCCUCAUCCCAUGAAAACCACCCAUGUCUGUGAAUUUUAACAUGUAAAGUCCGUAUUUAAAGGGAUGCGGUGGAGCACUUCCUGUCUGGGCCAAGGAAGCAGAAAGAGGCUGGUCUGGGGCAGAGUGGUCUAGAGUAAGUUCCUUCUGGCUACCUCGAUUCUAAAGCAAAGAGUGAGUUCUGCAGAACAACCGGAAGAGGGCUGGUUUGCUCGUUCUUAUUAGAGAGAGCAGGUGAAGAGAUGGAAGGAAUUAGCAUUUAAUGCACAUGGGUGCUUUAAGGAAAUCUUAGCGCUAGCAUGCUGCUCCCAUAGAUUCUGCUUUAAAUCAUAAGGAGAGGUCCCAGCACAAGUGGGUUUUGAAGUGCCUUGAAGUCUGAGCAUCAAAUUAAAUAGCAGCACUACUGGAUAAUCAAACUCAUGAGGUGAGAUAAAUAUCUACAGUCAAAUGAGGAUUGCAAUAGAGACGUGAAAAAAUAGAGAACUGGCUGUUUUAAAAGAAUUACAGAAUAAUAUAACAAAGGGAAGAAAUAAAAAAUCACAUACACCCCCCAGGACAGUGCAGCCAUCAUUGAAGGCAAGAUGUGCCAACAACCCAAUGUUUGCAAAGAGCCAGGAGAAAUAUGCUACCUGCAAGAUCUUGAUGUAUAGGCCUCAUGAGCCGUGUUAAGGACCACAAGAAGGAUAGUCUCUGUACAAUGGUGAAAUUCAUCAGGAAUCACACCAAUCAAAGGAUUGUCAGCAGAGGGAAGGACAGGAACACAGACCCACAUUCCACCCUGGUAACUUAGGGGACCUCAGCUCAGGCCAAGUCAGGAUUCUGGCUGUGAUGCUAAAGGAAUUUCAGGACUCACCACUUUAGUGACGUGAAGUUAGUGAUGUUAUUAAUGACAUUAUUAAAUUUAAGCAUGAGGAUUAAAGGAAAGAGAGGCACCCAGAGGAAAGUGACACAAGCUGAAGUAGUGCUCUACAUGAGAGCACAGGUAGCUGGGUACGUGCUCUGCAGGAUUGCAUGGGGAAAGUAAGACAUCCGAGCAUGGACACAGGCUCCUCAGGGGAGACAAGCGAUUAAUUAUCCCAGAAUUAGCCAUUUAUCCCAUGUCAGAAGCUCCCUAAGUUACUCCCCCCCUGGAAAGGCUGCUAAGACCGUUUUCCCUCUCUCUUGAUUAGGUGGCUCCAAGAGGCUGACAAAGGCUUAGACCUUCAACCACAUUCCAAAGCAGGGGCCUUUUUCCUUAUCCGCAUGUUCCCAGGAUGCCCCCUGAGAACCCUGCCUCAGCAUCAUUAGUAAUAAGACACCAUUUGUACCAUUUGAUAGAGAGGCUCGUAAGACUUUGUCACAUCUUCCCAGAAGAAUGACGCCAGGCUAAUGACAAGAAAAUAUCAGAUGUGUGGGAAAUUCUACAAAGUGACUGAGCACCAAGAAGAGCUCUCCAAAGGUGACAAGGUCAUGAAAGGCGAGAGACCUGAAGAGGCUGAGGGCACGGUGAGUGAGGGCACUGACAUUCUGGGAAGGUCUCAGGGGAGGAGAAAGGCCGCUAGCAGAGCCCCGUGGGGUCUCAGUGAAGUCUGGAGUUGGAGCAUCACGCUGACAUCAGUCACUCAGUUUUGCUAACCAGACCACAGUUAUUCGAAAUCUCAGCACAAAAUAGCUAGACGAAGAACAAAUGGGCUCUUUAUGCAGACCGUUGGCAUAAGUCUAAAAUUAUUUUAAACAGAUGUAUUUAUAAAAACUAUAUAUUUUACUGUCUAUGCGUGUAUUUUAAAACAAAACAAACUCCUUAGGAUAUUCUCUUCUAUUCUAUCUAUAUAGCCAGGGUAGAGAAGAUGUAUGUUUGUGUGUGUCUGUAUGUGUGUGUGUAUGUGUGUGUAUGUAUGUGUGUAUGUGUCUGUGUGAGUUUGUGUGUAUGUGUGUAUAUGUGCAUGUAUGUGUGUGUAUGUGUGUGUGUCUAUAUGUAUGUGUGUCUCUAUGUGUGUGUGUGUGUGUGUGUGUGUGUAUGUGUGUGUUUGUGUGUGUAUCAGGUCUGCAUGCUUACAAAGCAAGUGCUUUACUGGCUGGGCUGUCUACCUCAGCCCACAAGGACACUGGCUGGGCUGUCUACGGGCUGGGGCCUGGCAUUGCAGUACCUCAAGUCUUAGUUUACAUGCUCUCUUCCCAUCUCCAUUAGCCCUCUCAGCUAAUACCAAAGUUUCCACUGAACAGAUUAGUGUAUGGCCCCCAGGUGGAGUUCAGUGCUGGAUUUAGGCACAGGCCUCAGCAAUUUCCAUAUACUAACAAAUUUAAUCUUCCCAGUGGCCCUAUAAGGACCAGCAUUAGCUCACUGUUGAUGCUUUACGCUUAAAAGAGAUGUUUUAUGUCUUGGAGAAGUGUCUGUCUCCCAGAUGAGGUUUCUAUAUGGAUGGUCCCCAUGUUUCUGCUGGGUCUCAGAGGCAGUGAGGGACAGCUUGUUUCCUGUUACACUCUUCCAGGGACCUCUUUGGAAAGCCUCUGAAUGAGGCUCACUGCUUCAUCUAGCAGAGACAUCAGGUAUAGUUCCGCCCAGCAGGAUAAACAGGGGGGUUGAAAUGAUCUAUUUUUUCAAGCCUGUAGCUGAGCUGAAUAAUCAGUGGGAAAUAUAAUAUUGAAAAGCAAGGGGGUACUUCAAGGUUUCAGAACACGAUGCCUCAAGACAUGGUGUCUUCACCUUUGAAGAGACGCAUAGGCAAAGUCAUUCUUUCCUUGGCCCCUCCCCUGAAGGCCCCUUUAGAGAAUUCUUGACCUUCUUCAAAAGUAGAGCAAAAGAGCUUUCAGCCCAGAGGCACCCCCAUACCCAGAGGAAAGAAACACCCUUCCUUCAAAGACUCAGAGAUGACGAGAAAAGCUGAAGAAAGUCUCUGUAAAUCCUCCCGAUUUAAUAUCACUAGGCCUUGCUUUUUGCCUAAUAUUGCUCCACAACUGUCUGCCUCUUCAAACUUAGCCUGCAAACCCAUUUUCCUUUUCCAACGAGCCUUCCUUCUGAAGACUCCAUGCACAUAAACUUAUAAUAAGUUAAAGUCCCCUCUAGGCUAAAGCUGUUCAUGGUGUGGAUGCAUCAGCCACAAAGGCUGAGGAUGUCCUGGGGUAAGAAUGUGGUCUUCAUUUCCCUAGAGCCUGAGAACUUUCUAGACACACUGCUGUGUUUGGCGUAAUGCCCAGCAUGUCUGACUGAUACUCAGGAAAUAUUUGAAGAACACAGGAGAAUGAACAGUGGCUGUGUGCCUGGGUUCCUCUGCAAUUCACCUACACCAGAGCCCUUAGAAUAAAAUGCAAUCACCAGCAGCCCUCCUUCCCCUUGUAGCCCUCCUUCACCAAGCUACUUUUUGUGUGUCGCUUGGAUUUCUUGUCUGAGUAGCCUAUGUCAAGAAAUUCGCUGCUUACCUCGGAAACCCGUGGCACUAUCACUGUGUCUGGGGAGCAUGCAGCGCCCACACCUAGCUGCCUCUCCUUCACGGGAGAGCAAGCCACAGUUCUUUCCUGAGCCCUCACCCUGACUCCCAGAGGGCACCAUAAUGUUUCAGGAAGACCCUUAGGAGACAGAAGGUCAUGGAAACAGUCAGUGUCGGGUGAGAAUUAGCCAAAUUGUGGCAGUGGUGGAAGAAGAGUGGGCUGCCAGAAAGACGCACGAUACAGUUUCAUGCCUCGCAGACCAUCAGCCACACAGGUGUCAUUACCACUCUGUACCUGCCCACCGUUGAGUGUCGGACUCUGCUCGGUGAGCUAUUGCCGAGUAGAAGCUGUCCCUGCUGCUUCUGAAGGCAGCUUUAUUAAUGCUCACGAGCUAAUAAUUCCAGCAGGAUCAACUCUCCAGUAUUCAUGAUACCUUUGAGAUGUCCUUCACAUUAUGGAUGAGAUAUUAAUUUAGUUCCAUGACAGCAAUCACUCUGAAUCAUUACUUUGCUAAUUAAUAAGAAAUGAUGGCUGACAGAGAGCUGUAAACUCAGUAAUGUGCUAAGUAUGACCGGAAAUAAGAUUAUUAGGUGGAAUUUAAAUGCUUGGCCUAUUAUUAUCGCAAAUAAUUUACAAAGGGAAAUGAGAUUAAAAAUACUCACCAUAGCUUAGUUUAGAAAGCAAUGUUAACAGACCUUUUCUGCAAUUUAUAGUCCGUUCAAAGAAUGGGUUUGGCUCCCUAUCCGGAGGUGGCAUGAUUUAAAGGUCUGCUGUACCCAGCAUAAUACAUUUUGAUGCUGUCACUGGGGCAGCACAACAUUAAUUCUGUCCAGCUUUCUGAACACUGAUGGGUAUGAAGUUUGGUAAGGGAGGGAGGGUGGGGGCUGACAUGCUAGCCUGUCUCUGGGGUUUCGAUGCUGGCCUCCAUGGACAGCUACACAGGCUGUGAACUCAGCAUUUGCUAAUUACAGCUUUCAUCCACUCCUGUCCUUUUAUUUGACUUGCAAUGAACAUUUUGAAUCAGAUUCUUUUUUUUUUAAUCUAACUUUGCUUUUAGUGUACGUGUAUCUGAAUGGAUGUCUUGUGUGCGAUGUUGUCUAUGCAGACAUGAGGUGUUGGAGCUCUGGAGCUGGGGUUACAGGAGGUGGUAAGCCACCUGAUGUGGGUGCUGGGAACUGAACUCAGGAUGUCUAAAAGAAAAGAAUGCCUUUCUCAUUGCUGAGGCAUCAUGUUCUGGAUGAUGGAACUAAAGACACAAAGGAGGAUGGAGGCAUCACCCCUCAUCUCAAGGAACAGAUGAGUAAAUGAAGGAGCUAGAGAAACCAUCCGUGAACUGCGGUAGAGGAGAGGUACAGGGAGGCCAGGGAGCCUGCAGGGCUGUCUCAGGAGGGGAAGGGGCUAUUAUGGUUAAAACAGGAAGGUGAAGGUUAACUGCUUGGGCUCUUCAGGUUUAUAGAUCUCGGUCCAAAUCCUACUUCCUGUCCCUUAUCAGCUCUGAGACUUUGCCUGGCCAGCUGUUUCAGUUCUGUGGGCUCAUUUGUAAAAUAUUGGAGCCAGCAUUACAACUCGGAUUAUCCCAAGAGUCGGUGAACUAAACCAUGUGUUUACUCUAAGCACAGGGCAGGCUUGGGUGUGUGCAUAGGAAAUGGAAGCCAUUAUUCAGUAAGGAAAGAGCCAACAUCUUCCAGGUAAGUGAAGAAUGGAGGAGAAGGAACUUCAUACUGAGGGCAGGAAGGAUGUCUGCAGGGUCGGUUCUCUGACAAGAUUUUCAGGAUGGCUGACAUAAAUCUGUGGGUGCAGGAGACAGGACCAGAAUAGUGUGCAGAAGGCACGUCCUGAAGGGCUGCUGAGCUAAGCUGGAGAGAACGAAUUCUGUUCUAAAAGCUUUGGGAAGCCCAUGAGCUGUGCCAGACAAUAAGGUCAGGACUGUGGCGAGAUCUAUCAGUCCAGGGAUAUCUGAACAGGGAAGCAACUAGGGUUGGCAAGAGCAGUUUGUGGUGAUAGCAGGAAUGGACUCAGGAGGAGAGGGCUGUUGGCCCUCGCAUGGCUUGUAUCCAGGAGUUCAUUCUCCCAGGUCUUGCGCAGUCCCCAUCUGCCACCAUAGCCAUUUGUACACCGACCACCCUCCUUAGUGGUUUUUAAAUAUAAAUAUGGAAGUGAUCCUUUCCCCAAAGAGUCCAUUAUCUCAAUACUUUUAGGGCCCACUAGAAAGUUUCUUCUUAGUGAAUGACUAGGCAAGGCCACUGAGGUCCAUGGGGUGGAAUGAGACAGCCAGACCCCAGGAAGGCUUGGUGGAAGAUGACAUCCUACACCAUCUUAUACUUUACACCUGUGCCUCCGGGAUUCAUGCAUUGCUCAGCCGUUUGCUUCUCCAAGAAUUUAGGCCCAAAUCCCACUCCACAUGCAGAAGGCCGCUGGUCAGUCAUGUGGGCUGCUACCCUAUCUACGGAGUCCAUGUAAUGCUUUGUCUCUCUGUGCUUCUGUUUCCUGGUGACAAGGAAGUGACAGUUACACUCUCCUGAAAGCCCAUGGACAUUGUGUUUAAGAUUAGAAAGCAGCCCGACUGUACCAUAGACCAGAGAGUCUAUUGAACUUCCAUUAAUUUACUUAGUCACUUUACAUCCUGAUCAUAGCCCUCCUCCCAGUCCUCCCUCAGACAGCCUUUCCCUCCCCUCCCCCUCCCCCUCCCCUUCACCUCUGAGAAGAUGGAGGCUCCUCUGGGUACCAACCCACCCUGGUACAUCAAGUCACUGUAGGACUUGGUAUAUCCCCUCCCACUGGGGCUAGACAAAGCAGUUCAGUUAGAGGAACAGGAACCACAGGCAGGCAACAGAGUUAGGGACAGCACCCCUUCCAGUUGUUGGGAGACCCAUAUGAAGACCAAGCUGCACUUCUGCUACUUAGGUGCAGGGGUGUGGGUUAGACACCAUCAAUAGGACAAAACAGCAGCCUAGAGAAUCAGAAAAGAUCAGUUAAAAAAUGGAGGGUAGAAGCUAAACUGAGAAUUCUCAACAGAAGAAUCUCUAAUGGCCAAGAAGCACUUUAAAAUGUUCAAUGUCCUUAGUCAUUAGGGAAAUGCAAAUCAAAACAACUCUGAGAGUCUACUUUACACCCAUUAGAACAGCUAAUAUCAAAAAGUCAAAUGACAGCACAUGUUGGUGAGGAUGUGGAGCAAGAAGAACACUCCUCCAUUGCUGGUGGGAGUGCAAACUUGUACAACCACUCUGGAAACCAAUCUUGGUGGUUUCUCUGAAAUUUGGGAAUAGUUCUCCCUCAAGAUCCGUCUGUACCACUCCUGGGUAUAUACCCAAACGAUACUCCACCAUAAGGACAUUUGUUCCACUAUGGUCAUAGCUUUAUUCUUAAUAGCCAGAAACUGGGAGCAGUCCAAUUGCCCCUCAACUGAAAUACAUAUAAAGACAAUCUGGUCCACAUACACAAUCAAAUAUUGCUCAGCUAUUAAAAACAAGGACAUGAUGAAAUUGGCAGGCAAAUGGAUUGAAGUAGAAAAUAUUCGGAAUGAGGUAACUCAGACCCAAAAGGACAUAUAUGGUAUCAAACUUCUUAUUUGCUAGAGGACCAGGUCUACCCUUGGUCAUAUCAGAAGGAAAGGUUCUUACCCGGGGAAUGCAAAGAUUCCUCCAAGUUCAGUUGAAAACCAAGGAUGGAUAUUUCAGAAAACCACAGGGAGUUAGAUGCCCUGACAGUGAGCAAGCAACAUCUGCACAGGCACUGCCUUUGUAACCUUCGACCUUUGUGAAAUAGCUAUGAAAUGAACAAAAGUCUCUGGUUAACUAAUGAAUGGCUUCUGUUGAAGGUGCCAGUUGUAUCUUACUCCAAAACAGUUGAUUUGUGAAAAUGAGCAUUUGCUGAGGUCUGCUGCCAUGGUGAGAAGACAGGAGUCCUGGAGAAGCCAGAGAAUGGUUAAUGCUUUGAAGGAGGCCUUGUGACAGAGCCCACGCAGCUGGCAGCCACCUCCAUCAGUUCUCAGUAGGGCAGAAAGGAGACCUGCCUCCUGCUGAAGACCAUGUCUGUCCUUCCUUUCCAGGACCCAGCAGCCAUCUGUAGCUGAGCACUAACUAAUGUGCCCUUGAGGGCAUCAUUCCAGACUGUCCGAGAUGGAUGGCCUGUUUUCAGACUAGUGAAUACACCCCCUGUAACCUCAGUGUUGUGCUGAGCUCCCACCAGCUUCUAGUGGAUUCAUCAUAAACUUUCAAGACCAGUGCUGAUGCCACUAGUGUUUUAUAGACCCGAGAGCUGAGAUUCGGAGACACAGUCACUAUAGCCUGACCAAGUUCACCAAGGACCACUGAAGGUCAAAUAAGUUUCCCAAGGUCACAACUCUCUUAUAGGCAGAAAUGGUUUGUUUUAUCCAUAGACAACUUUUUGUAGACCAUUAAAGAGUGGAGGACCUCCCUGAUAUUUAAAAGUAUCUGCUGUAUGAAGGACAAUGAACUCCACUGCUCUGCACCCUGGGGUUCCAAACAUGGAAGCAAACAUACAAGACUUCCCAUAUGGGGGUUGCCUCCUGGGCCAUUCAACCAACUCAAUAGCUGCCACCAACACAUACCAGGCCAAAUUGUUUCUUGCCCUUGUGGUAUAUUGCAUCUUAACUCCUACAGCCUAAGGAGUAUGUAUGUUGCUGGGGUUCCUAUUGCUCCCUAGCUACAUUCAAAAUGAAGCCAAAGGCAGAACAGAACAGUUAGAGAAGGACAAACUUACAGGUUGGUUGUUUAUACUCUGAGAAAAUAUUAUUUUUAAAAGACAUUUGAUACUUAGAUAAGGAUCGUAGAGAAUGCUACUUAAUAGUUUUAUGGUAGGUGGUGUUCCCAUGGUCACUGUUAGUUUGGUGUGGGCAAGGCUUGUUGUAAGCAUCUGAGAUGACAAAGCUGAGUUAUGUUCUUUGAAUCUCUCAUGAAAAUCUUGGCAGCUUUCAGCUUAACUGCAAGAUAAUGCUUGGGAGACUAUGAACUCCUGUGUGUAUCUUACAUUAGAAUCUUAAUUAAGAUUAGAGUAAGUUAGCGAUAGACGAUAGUCUCUCUUGUGCAUUGUCUGCCACACAAUGUGAUCACUAUCUCUGCACACUCUCCACAGCCAGCUUGGUGUUUUAUUUUCACGUGUCCACUUUACAGAUGGGGAAACCAGGCUCAAAGUCAUGUAGUUGGGAACUGAGUCCUUGUAGUUCAGUCAACAUAUCUUGAACAUAAGGGGCGGGUGGAGGCAUGAAUAUGUGUCUCUCCUUGUCUUCUCCUCUCAGGUGGUCAAUAUUGAUUAUUAAGCGGACAGUAUCUAGAAUAACCUAGGAGGCAAACCCCUUAGCAUACCUGUGAGGGAGCUUUGAGACUGCUUUAAUUGUGAUGGGAAGGUAUGCCCUAAAAGAGGAUGGCAUAUUCCUAUGGGUUGCAUCCUUGAACUAUAAGAACAGGAGAGGGGACCGAGCACCUGGAUCCAUCUCUGCUUCCUGCCUGGAUACAAUGUGACCAGAUCCAUCUCUGCUUCCUGCCUGGAUACAAUGUGACCAGAUGCCACUGGCUCCUGCAGCCAGGACUUCACUGCCAACAUGGACUGUACCUUAAAACUGUGUACUGAGAUAAACCCUUCCUUCCUUAGGUUGCUGUUGUUGGGCAUUUUGCCAUAGUGAAAAGAAGUUUACAGAGACACCUUCCUAACCCUUCCCUGAACAGCCAUGACUAAGUAGAGAAGAUGCUCCCAGGAACCCAAGCCUUCCCUCUAGUGGCUCCUGGCACUUCAUUCUGAGACACAACUGUGGCAGCACCCUUCUGAAAAGUCCUUGCUCAGAGUGUCUUGGGCAGACAACUGCUGAACAUUUUCAGUGUCAGCCGAGUUGCAGAAGCCCAGAGCUAGAUGCAACAUAUGGCAUGUUGACAUUAUCUUAAUUUCCUUUUUAGCAUCAUUCCAUACAUUGUCUCCAUCUGAUCAUACUAAGUCGUGAGGAACUGUGAAUAAGAGAAAUGACAAGUUAACUCGCCUUUCAUUUGUUUUCCAUAAUAAAUGGAAUAUUUCCUUGAACACUUAAAGCCAUUAACAUUUCAAUUUAUUCAUGCUUUUUCUUCCUGGCAUCCUAAUGGCAAUAUUACAUAAUUAUAUCUGCUCUGUAGCCAUCAGUUUUGAUGGCAAUGCCUUGCAUAUCUUUUGUUAGACUGUUGAUAGAGAAGGCAGCUUGCUUUUUUUAUAGCAUUCCACCCACUUCUUGAACCUCAAUUGUCAAACAGGGAAACAAUGUCAGUGACGUAAGUGAUCAGGAACUGGAUGAGGACCCAAUCUAACACAUUCUGUACUCACUACAUACAAGGCACUGUUCCAGACACUCCACAUGUGUUAGCUUACUUAAUCCACCCACAACACUUUACAGUGGAUUCUGUUAUCAACACCUCCAUUUCUAUAAAUGAGGAGGGUGAGGCAGAGAGAGAUGAGGUGGCUUAUUCAAGGGUGCUUUAGUUUAUCCACACUGGGCUUGGACUUUGCAGUCUGGACCUGGUGAAAGGAUACCUUUAUGUUCCAGGUUUCUCUGUCUGUGCCUUUCUUUCUCCUGUGUGACUCAGUUUUAUAUAGAGGAAUCCUACUGUGCUGUGUACUGAGAAUGUGACAAAGUGGCAAGAGUGUGGCUUGAAUAUCUGCCAGAGUCAACCUUGGAGUUUAGCUGUCAUGUUUGAGGGACUAGGGGGAGGGACAGCCAGGCAUAGGGGUGCAUAAUUAUUAUCCUGACACUCAGGAGGUCAGGACAGGGGUAUGGUGACUUUGAGACCAACAUAGGCUACACAGGGAGGCCUUUAACCCUCUUUUAGAAAGCAAGAUGGAAAGGAUCUGGUCACAAGGGCUCCGUCCUUAACAGAUUAAUAGGUUUGAGGAUCCAUGGGUGGUCUUGAAGGUAGGCCUUUUACAAAAGCCUAUUUCUGACUCUUGUCUAUGCCCUUCACACAAUGUAUGCUAUCUGGUUUUGCCUUACCAUUCCCACAGCACCUGACUGAACCAACUUAAACGAGGAAUGAUUUAUUUCAGCUACCGGAAUCAGAAGGUUCAGACAUUAUGGUGUAGAAGAUGUGAGAAAGAAGGACAGCUCAUGUCCUGGGGGCCAGGAAACAGAGAAGGGAACACUCAGACCCCCAAGGCUUUAUUUUAUCUACCUGGAUCACAGCCCAUGGGGUUGUACUGCUCUGCUCAGUCCACACAGGGAAAUGCCCUCAGAGACAAACUCAGAGCUGUACCUCAACCUUCUAGGUGAACUUAAUGAAGAUUAACCUUCAUUCCACAUUACAUCCUGACCUUCACCCAUCACAGCCCCUCGAUCUUGGACAAGCCUCUAGAACCCUGAGUUGCAUAAAUUCUUAUUCUUCAUAAGAUCCCCCAGUGUGUGGCAUUCAGUUCUAGCAGCAGAGAGAUGACUAGCAGGGAAGGGACUAAGUAUGAUUUUCAAUCUUGCUCUGUCUGUUCAAAGUAUAAUUCUUGCCUGAAGACCUAUGACCUUUGAGGCACAGUCAGGUUUGAAAUGAGUGAAGGGCAAUGUACUCAUGCAUUUUAGCCAACAAGAUGUAACUAACUCCUGUGCAGGUCUGAUGGUCUUAAACAUCAGGGGUGAAGUCAUGAGGAGGCCAUGGGCAUCUCUGAAAAUCAAGGAGAUUUCAGGAUUGAUUGGCCUCAGGAUUCCCUCUACAUCCAUGAGUUCUGUAGGCUACUUUCCACAAACCAAGCCCUUGCAAAGAGCCCAGUGCUUCUGUAGACACAUAGUAUUCUCAGCCUGGGCACAGGUCAGGAGAGGCCUCCAGACAUCAAGCAGCAGAGAUGUGUGCACACUGCCUUUAAAGUGAUGGAGUCAAAUACUUGUGCCUGUUGUUUUGGCUCUAGGAAUAUGAACCAAGACUAGACUGUGGUCAGAGGAAGAGACUCGAAGGAAUGUUAUAAUUUCAGGAAACUCUCAGUCCAAGGAAUUGCCCCAUGGAUUCAUUUAAACAUCACUGCAUUUCUUCCAAAUGGAAAGGAAACUCAAAAUUCUUAAUGCCUGUUCAUCAUCAAUAUUAUGCCAAUUAUUGCAUUACUUUUGGCUGAUAAAUAUUCAGAGAAUAAAUGAAGCCCGUAAGAUGGAUUCUCUAGGAGUACAAAUAAAAACUUUCAAUAUUUUCCAUCACAUAAUUAAAUGACGUUUGCUGUUUCUGCAGCCAGGACCUGGGACAUGCUAAGUCAUUGCUCUGAGAAGGUGCAUUGGCAUGUUUUGUGUUUGAUGUUCAGAAUCAGCUGAUGAUUUCUCAGCCCUAAAUGGCUCUGCUGAUGAAGUACCUUCACGGAAUCAAUCCUACCUGCAGAAGUCUGGGGGCACCAUGCCGUAAACAUCGAUCCUGUCACACAGCUCCAGAGCAAUUGUCAUGGUGAACCAGCCAGUGCUCAGCCAAGUGUUGGAGAUCUUCCUGGAAGGAACAAGGGUGAAGUCUGCACUCUGGUAAAGCAAUCCCAGACUCAUAGCCAUGCUGGAGCCAACUAUUAAACAACCUCCCACCCGUAACGCACACACGCACAUACGCCCAUGCACACACACCCCACAUGCACACAUGCACAUGUGCACACACAUGUACCCUACAUGCACCCAGGCACACAGGCAAGUACUCACACAUGCACUUUCUCUUACUCUCUCCCAUUUGGUACACAUUAGAAUUUUGAUAGACCAAAAUCUCUUCUAGUACAUGCAUAACUAAUGUUGAUGCUUAAGGGAUUUCUACAUCAUUAAAGAUAAUGAUCAUUGUUUGAAUGCUUAAGUGUGUGCUGCCAUAAUUCAAUUGUAGGAUGCCAAUAUCCAUGUGGCCAUUUGUUAUUAAUGAGAAAAUUUGACUAGAAAUUCUCCCUGUGUCCCUAAAUAAGCUAGAUUACAAAUAAUAUAAAUAUCGAUAAACAAGUAGGUCUUGCUACCUCUCUUUCCAUCUAUCUAUUAAUCUACCCACUUAUCUAUCAUCUAUAUAUGUAUAUAUGCAUGUGUGCAUGCAUGUAUGUAUGCAUGUAUAUAACACAUCUAUCUUCUCAUAUUUAUCACCAUCAUUUGUCACUUAUCUAUCACCAAUCAGUUUCAUUCUGUCAUCUAUUAUCACCUAUUACUUAUCAGUCAUUAAUCUAUUAUCUGUCUACACAACCAUCUACUCAUUUAUCAUGUAUGUAUAUAUGUAUCUGUCCAUCCGUCUGCCCAUCCAUCCAUCCAUCCAUCCAUCCAUAGGUGAAAGAUUGUCCCAAAGCACAUUAAGAACACCAGCGUUAUGACUGAAUUUCUUUUCUUAGGAGCACAUGCGCUUGGGAAGAGCUGAGGAAGAGAGCCAGAAGUAUGCUUGCAUCUCAUAGAGCCUCUACAUUUACCUUACCUAAGGUCAUUCGGAGCCUUCUGAAAUGUCUAAGUCCCAAACUGACAAGUUUAAGGAAAUAAAUCUGUGCAUUUUGCCAUUCACUAACAUGUGCAUUCAGACGUCUGAGUGGAAGCUGGACAAGCAGCCCAGCCUCAGGAGACCAGUGGAGACACAUCGGCAGGAGACCAGUGGAGACACAUCGGCAAGGUCUAAUUUGAGUCCUGAGAAUGAGUCACUGGUCUCCAUGCUCCACUGCUGUGGGUGUUAAUUUCAGUUCUUCUGGGACUGCUGCCUUUUCUUUCUUCAGUGCCAUGGCAUGCCUCAUUAGCCAGCUCCAAACACCUUAUCCCCAAGGUCAGACUGUCUGACUUUGCCCAGCCACAGAGCUGUAUGUGAGGUGAAUCGCAGAGCUGAAGAAAGCGCUUUCCAGAUGCACUGCAGAGCUCCGCACUUUGGGAAGGGAGACUGUUAAACAGUUUGCUUUAUUCCCCUUCAUGCAGGGAUAGGAAAUACUUCCAAGAAGGCUUUUGCCUUGCAGAGAGCCUGUCGGACAUGGGUGGGCUUCAGCUUCAAACAUGUUUUCCUCCUCUCCAGAGCUUCCUGACCGAGCUUGUCACAGCCCCUACAGAUGAGGAGAGCAUGAGCCCCACACUCUCGUGUUUCUGUCACGUGCAGCUGGAUAACCUGGAUGGCUUGCUGCUCAUCCCUGAGCCUCAGAUUAUCUACAAAGCAGGUACUAGAUGCUCUGUCCCCUGGCCAUUUGAGAAUGUUAGAAAAUAUCCACAAAAGGGCCCCAGGCGCGGGCGGUGGUGACACAUAGAGAUCCCUCUCUUCUCCCCUGGCUGCUGGGGUGAGUGGACGAGGUAAACAAUUUAGCAUUCCUUCAGUGCUGUUUAGUGUCCAGGAAGAAGACCCUUCCAACCCUCUGGUGCUGGGGUCUGAUGGAGGAGGUGCAGCCGUAGCCAGGGCAGCAUUUAUAAAGAACAGAAGUGCCAGCUUUUGCAGGUGUUAGUAUAUUCCUUGCCGCUCUCUCACUAGGGCUACACCUUCAUAAGGCUUUGGGCUAGAGGGCCUGGGAAGGAACUGAAUGAGAAUGGGAAGAGGAGGAAGAGCCCUCCUUUAAAGGGGAGCCCAUGUGCGUACCUCUGCUGUGUUAAUGUACUGGGCAGUUCUUCCCAGACUAGUCUGACAGAGCCCAGGAAAAACACAACCCUCACUCACAUCCCAGAGAUCCCUGAGAGAUCUGGGAACCAAUGGUCACACCCAUACCUUCUGCCUUUCCAUCCCCAGGAAACACCAACCAGGGCUUUCCUGGGAGCAGAAACUCCUGGGAAGUUUCCCUGUGAUGCCACAGCCUAGAAUACAGGAGGAUGUGCGGCCACAGGAAGGGGGUCUGCAGGUGGAAAUGGGAAGAAUACAAAGUGGAGGACUAGAAGAACUGAAGUGAGGCACUCUUUUAAGUGCCACUUAAAAUUCCCCAGACUUCCUAAAUAAUAGCCUUGGGAUCACACACCAUAGAAACGCAACUGCUUUGUUCUGUCUUCCUGAAAGAAUCGGAACUCUUUUUUUUUUCCCCUCCAACAAAGGAAUAUCUACUGUUUUUACAGUUAAUCAGCUGUAAUGAAAGAAUAUGAAGAGCUGUCAUGUGCUUAUUAGAGAAAAUUAGCAGAUAUUCUUUUAUAUGAUGAAGUAACACACUGAGCUGAUAACGCUAUAGUGCACACUAAAUUACAAUUAAAGGCCUUUCUGCUCUGCCA